CAUGAAUAUAUGGAGGAAUUCUUUGCUUGCUGUGACUCUGCUCUAGCAGAAAAUGGGCUUCUCGUUCUACAGUUCACAUCAUUACCGGAUGAGCUUUACGAUGAGUACAGGCGAUGUCCAAGCUUCAUAAGGGAGUAUAUUUUUCCAGGUGGAUGUUUACCUUCGUUAAGUAGGUUAACAGCUGCCAUGGCCGCUUCUUCCAGGCUUAGUGUGGAGCACUUGGAAAACAUUGGAAGUCAUUAUUACCGAACACUAAAAUAUUGGAGGAAAAAAUUCCUGGAGAAACAAAGUGAAAUACUAGCUCUUGGAUUCGAUGACAAGUUUAUUCGGACAUGGGAAUAUUAUUUUGAUUAUUGUGCGGCAGGAUUCAACGCUUGUACACUUGGGAAUUACCAGAUUGUGUUUUCACGUCCCGGUAAUGUUGCUCUGCUCAACGAUCCAUACAAAGGCUUCCCUUCGGCAUAUUGAUUGUUCUGCCAAGUGUAUGUCCAUACAAUGGCUUCCCUUCAGAUUUGGUGCCUAGAUUGUU